UGCCUCCUUCAUGGAGCGAUCCCGGCGCUGGAGAGCUGUGCGAGAGCUGCUGCGCAGCUUUUACGCUGAAGUCUUGCCGCUGGAAGCCUUUGUGCGGCGCCUCCAGAUGCGAACUCUUGGAGAGGAGCAACCAGAGCCUCUCGUGCAGGAUGGGGAUCCCCGCAACUACUGUAACCUGGUAGCCCAGUGCCUCGUGGGGCGGCUGGCUGCGUGCAAGGCUGUCCCUGCUCAUUUCGUCUUUCAGCAGGUUUCCAGUCAAAAUGAUGUUUUUGCAAGAGUUAUUCGGAGAAUUUGCGAAAAGAAGAAAAAGAAUGUGUUGGCAUUUGGUUAUACCCUGUUGAAUGAAAGUAAUUACCAGUUGCCCUGUAUGCCAAAUAUUUGUAGCUACCAGCCUAAUAAUACAACAGAAACCAUUCGACAGAGUGUGCUCUGGGAGAUAAUUCUAAACAGAGUUGGGGAUGAUGUCAUGAUGUACAUAUUAGAGCACUGUGCUCUCUUUAUACUUGUGCCUCCCAGCUGCUGUUAUCAAAUCUGUGGACAGCCCAUCUAUGAACUUGCUUUAAGAAAUGCAACACCUCCUCCAAAGUUUCUUAGACAGAGGAUUCCUGGGUCUUCACCUUGUGUCUUAACAACUUAUCUCCAUAAAAGGUUUCAGACCUGUAGGCAGUACCCAAGAAAAACGAAGUGGAAGAAAUGGAAUUCUGAAAGGCAGAGAUGGAAUGAAACACGACAAUACAGCGAUCAGCUAUCUUUAGUAGCUCAAAGAGCUUCUGGGCGAAACCCUACAAAGAAUAAGCAAAUUAUGGGAACUGGUGACUACAUAAAAAAGCAACAAAUAACCUCUCUUUGCCCAUCAUUAAGAACACAAUUUUUAAAAAGGAAGGGGACAGGCCAGUGUAAUAUUAGUGCCAAGAAAAUAAAAAUCAUGAUAAAGGAGGAGGAUCUAAAAAAAGACACAAACCCAGUUUCUAUAAAAAGCCGCAAUCAGUUGAUUUUAGAUUGUGGUAGCAACGAUGCUUCUAGUGGAUGUAUACAAUUGCGUUCAGAAAGAUUAACUCUUGUGAAGUCUGUUCCUCAGAAUAGUGGAGCACAAAUGUCUGGGGUACCUAGUGCAUCUAUUGACAAUCAAGGGGUUUUGAUGCAUGAAAAGCAAGAAAGUAAAAUACCUUGUGAAUCCAGUCUACAAUCGACAUGCAAUGCAAGGCUGCCAAAGCUGGUAACUAGAAUCUCUGAUGUUAGUUCUGUGCAGCUGGGGCCUGCAAAAAAUCCCUUACCAGAAAAAGACCUUGAAGCCUGCACAUCUAAAUCUGUCAGGAAGUCUUACAAUAGCAUUCCAGUCACACAUAUUGAGAGACAUUCUCUCUUGUAUUCCUGCCAGCAUUUGAAAGAGUGUUUACCUAAAUCAUUUGUAUUAAAUCACUUGAAGGGCCAUCCAGCAGGAGGACGGCACUUAGUAGAAAAAAUAUUCUUCAGCAGUAAGAUUCUGAAGCAGCCUGGCAGUUCUAGCACUCAAAGCAGUCCUAAGAAAAAGAAGAGGUUUCCGAAACGCUACUGGCAGAUGAGAAAUGUGUUCCAAGAACUGUUACAGAACCAUGCAAGAUGUCCUUAUCAAGUAAUAUUAAAAAAGAAUUGUCCCAUUUCAGUUCCUGAAUCAGACAAAAUAGGCAUAGGAGAGCAGACUUUCAAACAAAAGGGCCACCAAGCAGGGCGAAUUUCAUCAAGGACACAGCAGGUUAAUGCAGUAGAAGGUUGCAUCGCAAGCAGAUCAGAUGGCAUGAAUCCAUUUUCAGAAACAGGCACGUCAAGCAGAAGCUCUGAAAGAACUGAAUUAUUUAAAAAAGAAGCUAAAGAACAGUUCCAAGAUUCCCCCAGUUCUCACUUCAUGGCACUGCUGAGGCAGUAUAGCAGUCACUGGCAAGUAUAUACUUUUGUGAGGGAAUGCUUAGAGAGAGUGGUGCCUCCUGCGCUUUGGGGUUCAAACCACAACAAGUGUCGCUUCUACAAAAAUGUGAAGAAGUUUAUCUCCCUGGGGAAGUUUGCCAUGUUUUCUUUGGAGGAGUUGACGUGGAAAAUGCGGGUCAGUGAUUGUGCUUGGCUUCGUCUUACCAAAGAAAGUGGCCAUUUCGUUCCUGCCUCUGAACAUCGCUUUCGGGAAGAGCUGAUGUCUAAAUUCCUAUACUGGCUGACGGACUGCUAUGUUUCAGAGCUCCUCCGAUGUUUCUUCUAUAUCACAGAGACAACAUUUCAAAAAAAUUUACUUUUUUUCUUCCGAAAGGCUGUUUGGAGCAAAUUGCAGAGCAUUGGAAUCAGGAGCCAUCUGGCCAAAGUGCAGCUUUGUCCUUUAUUAAAGGAAGAGAUUGAAGUUUUGCAACAGAGAAAGUGUGUCCCCCUGGCAUCAAAACUCCGAUUCAUUCCCAAACCAAAUGGGUUGAGGCCUGUGGUCAAGCUGAAUAGUGUGGUAGGAGCAGAAACAUUCUACAGAAAAAGCAGAGGCAAAAAGGCUCAACGCUUCAAUGUACAACUUAAAAAUAUAUUUAGUGUUCUUAAUUAUGAACGAAUGAAAAACCCUGCCUUGCUUGGCUCAUCUGUGUUUGGAAAGGAAGGUAUUUAUGCAGUAUGGAAGAAGUUUGUUUCAAAGGUUUUGGAAUCAAAUGCUGAAAUGCCUCGAUUCUACUUUGUGAAGGCUGAUGUCACAGGGGCUUAUGACACUCUUCCUCAUAAUAAGCUGAUAGAAGUGAUUUUACAGGCCCUUGCACCAGACAGGAACACCACCUACAGCAUACGGCGCUAUGCGGUGAUCAUGAGGUCAAGAAGUGGAUGUGUAAGAAGACUUUACAAAAGACAUGUAUCUACUAACAAUGAGUUUAUAUCCGGAAUGAAACAGUUUGUAUCUCAUCUUCAACAGAGCACCUCAGUGAGAAAUGCUGUAAUCGUUGAACAGAGUGUUUCUCUUAAGGAAAGCAGUUCUAGCCUCUGUGAGUUUUUCUUGCAGUUGAUCCACAAUAAUAUCCUGAAGAUUGAGGACAGGUACUAUGUCCAGCGCUGUGGGAUACCCCAGGGCUCCAUUUUGUCAACCCUGCUUUGCAAUUUCUGUUACGGAGACAUGGAGAACAAGUUAUUGUGCAAUGUGCAAAAAGACGGAGUACUGAUGCGUUUAACAGAUGACUUUUUGCUUGUUACACCUCAUUUAGCACAAGCAAAAACGUUUCUGAGGACUUUAACGAAAGGCAUUCCAGAGUAUGGCUUUGUUAUCAAUCCAUCUAAGACUGUGGUGAAUUUUCCUGUUGAUGAACAUGUUCCAGGUUGUUUAGAAUUCAAACAAUUACCAGCUCACUGUGUUAUCCCAUGGUGUGGAUUGUUAAUUAAUACACAGACUCUUGAAAUUUACUGUGAUUACUCCAGUUAUGCUUGUACAUCUAUCAGGUCAAGCCUGUCUUUCAACUUUACUAGAAAAGCUGGUGUGAACAUGAGAAACAAAUUGCUUGCAGUCCUGCAGCUGAAAUGUCAUCCUUUAUUUAUAGAUUUACAGAUCAAUAGCCUUAAGACAGUAUGCAUUAAUAUUUACAAGAUACUACUUCUCCAGGCCUACAGGUUUCAUGCCUGUGUUCUCCAGCUCCCCUUUCAUCAGCAUAUCAAAAAUAACCCAAGUUUCUUCCUGAUGGUCAUCUCUGAUAGUGCUUCAUGCUGCUUUUCUGUUCUGAAAGCUAAAAAUGCAGAUUCAAUUCCACUUACUUACAAAGUAGUUCAGUGGCUUUCCUACCAUGCCUUCAGUACUAAAUUGGCAAAUCACAGGGUGAUUUACAAGUGUCUUCUUGUACCUCUCAAACAGUGUAAAAUACGGUUGAUUCGGCAGAUUCCAGAAGCUACCAUGCGGCUUCUUAGUGAAGUAACAAAACCGUCAUUGUAUGAAGAUUUCGAAGCCAUCCUAGAUUAACUACAUAAAACAACAUUCUUCUUCAGGUUU